CGUCACGUGACUGGAAAUGGCGGCUGCCUCAGUGUUCCAGCGGCUGCGGUCGGGCUCCAGGCUCGGGCCGCAGUACGACCAGGAGGGCAACGUGAUCGAGGUAGAAACUCGUGAAGAUGAGGAACAGAAUGUUAAACUGGCAGAAAUCUUGGAACUGCUGGUUGCUGCUGGAUAUUUCAGAGCAAGAAUUAAGGGACUGUCACCAUUUGACAAGGUGGUGGGUGGCAUGACAUGGUGCAUUACAACCUGCAGCUUUGAUAUUGACGUUGAUUUACUUUUUCAAGAAAAUUCAACAAUUGGUCAGAAAAUAGCACUGACAGAGAAAAUUGUAUCUGUUUUGCCAAAUAUGAAGUGCCCUCACCGGUUAGAGCCACACCAGAUCCAGGGUCUGGAUUUCAUUCACAUAUUUCCUGUCGUGCAGUGGUUGGUAAAACGUGCAAUUGAGACGAGAGAAGAGAUGGGAGACUAUAUCCGGUCUUUUUCUGUAUCACAAUUUCAGAAAAAUCAUAGUCUGCUUGAGGACAAUGAUUUCAAGCAGAGAAAAAGCAAGGCCAUGAAAGCGGUCGUGGAUGUUUCUGACGUUUAUAAACCACAACGCAAGUACAAGCGGUUAAGUGGAGCACAAACGUUGAUAGAUGAAGAAUCGAGGGUCCAUUCUACUCUUCUAGAAUUUGGCCGCCUUCCUGAUUCCCUCAUGAGGUAUGGAUUUAGCAGACCUAAAACUGAAAAGGCUGAAGACAAAAAAGUGACCUUAGCAGCUGGAAUGACUGAAGUAUCUGAGGAAGAAGAUCUGCAAGCUGCUGAAGAGCUUCGCAUUAAAACGCUAAUGACUGGAAUGGCUGCCAUGGCAACUGAAGAGGGCAGAUUGACUGCGAGUACAGUGGGUCAAAUAGUAGGUCUCCAGUCUGAAGAAAUUAAACAGAUUGCAUCAGAAUAUGCUGGAAAGCAAAAUGAGCUGUCAACUGAGGAUCAUCCUGAACGGUUUGGGGUAGCUCAACAGCAUCGAAGACAAGUGGCAUCUCUCAGCAAACAGAUCUUACAAAAAUCAAAACAGUUGGAAGAGCUUCAAGUAAGACGCGAUGAGAUUCAAACUCGAUAUGGAGAGGCAAAGAAGAAGCUUCUGGAGAUUGUGAGGCAUGGAGAAAAGUUGGAUAAGGAGUUGUCUGCUCUUGAAGUUGCGGAAUCCCAAGCUGAUUCAGGUCUUCUAGAGAAACUGAGAGCGCUGGUCACAAUGAAUGAAGAUCUAAAGAGUCAAGAACAAGAGUUCAGAACUCAUUGCAGGGAGGAAAUGGCUCGAUUGCAACAACAAAUUGAAAGCCUUAAGGCUGAAACCGGAAAUGACGAAAGUGCCGAAAAGGAACACAAGGAAUUAAUAGAGCAACAGUAUAAAGGAGAUCAAGAAAAACUUCAGAAGAUACGACUACUAUUGGCUCGACGGAAUAGAGAAAUUGCUAUUUUGCAGCGAAAAAUUGAUGAAGUACCAAGUAGGGUUGAACUAACCCAAUAUCAGAGACGAUUUGUUGAGCUCUACAGUCAGGUUGCAGCAACACAUAAAGAGACAAAACAGUUCUUCACCCUUUAUAACACACUGGAUGACAAAAAGGUGUACUUGGAAAAGGAGGUUAGUUUGUUGAAUUCCAUUCAUGACAACUUCCAACUUGCUAUGGCUUCUCCUGCUGCUCGAGAACAAUUCUUGCGCCAGAUGGAACAGAUUGUGGAAGGCAUUAAGCAAAAUCGCAUGAAGCUGGAGAAGAAGAAACAAGAGAACAAAAUGAGACGUGACCAGCUGAAUGAUGAAUACCUUGAGCUGCUGGAAAAACAACGUCUUUACUUCAAAACUGUGAAAGAAUUUAAAGAGGAAUGUCGUAAAAAUGAAAUUUUGUUGACCAAGUUAAGAACAAAAGGAAUUUCAUGAAUGAAUUCUGCAGAAAUACAGAUAGUUGACUUCCUACAAUCUUCCAGAAGAUGUACUGGAUUAACUGGUUGUUUAAAAUCUGGGACAAUGGCUAUUUAUUUCAUCACCUCACUUGUAUUCACUAAUGGCAAUUUGAUUAACUGAAAGGUUUAGUUUACCAUUAAGUUGCUGUUAAUUUGCAUGCUUAUUAUUAACCAAUUAUGAAUUGACCUGAAUGAAUUGUAAGCCUCUUCUAUUGCACAAUAAAAAAAAACCUAGUUGAACAUAA